GAGUUGGGAGGUGACUCCGCUGUCUUGGUCUUGUCGGGCGGAGGGGAACUUCACAGCGGUUACGGGUGUGGCUUCAAAUGUGAUAAAUCUCAACGAGAGGAUCGAAAGAAUGCAUAGCGGCAAUACAGAUUAAAUAAAAAAUAGAGAGGGGUUAAAGACAAAUAGUUGGUGCAAAACGGAUACAUGAAUGUGGGUACAUUAGCCUAGUGGAAGCGGGAAUCCGUCUGCUUGCUCUCAACAGCUGGAAUACUUUUUUUUUGGCUGAACUUCGUGGCCCGUUUUGGUGCGUCCAACCUGUGCUGAUGGUAGGCUGUCGGAGCCACUCAUUUUGCUAAAACUCAACCAAAAAGUUCGUCAAAGUUUUUUGGUCCGUGUGUGAACUUCUCCUUUCGCGUAGGAAAUCACCGAUGCUGGCUAACUGACGGGAGUCUUUGGGGAUAUUUGAUAAAAUCACCAAGCCAAGUCCACGUUUUUUCUCUUAAAAGGAAAACUUUCUUGCGCUUGUUUUAUGAUUGCUUCCCGUGGAUGAACAAAUUCCGUCACGGUUACCACCACUCUUCAAAAACGGGAAGUCGCCUUGCUCAACUUACAGCUGCGGGACGCUUUAUAUUUGGUCUUAAAAUAAAGGCUUUCGGACACAGCGACGACUUUAACGUCACCUUGAACACAUUCUUUUUCCUGGUGAUAAUUUUUCCAACAAACAGCAGUCCUGAAGCGUGCACUGGGAACCAUGGGUUGUACAGUAAGUCAGGAAGAUAAAGCCGCGGCCGAGAGGUCUAAAAUGAUUGAUAAAAACCUGCGAGAAGAUGGGGAGAAGGCAGCGAGGGAAGUGAAACUGCUGCUGCUGGGUGCUGGGGAGUCAGGGAAGAGCACCAUUGUGAAGCAGAUGAAGAUCAUCCAUGAGGAUGGCUACUCAGAAGACGAGUGUAAGCAGUACAGAGCUGUCGUCUACAGCAACACAAUCCAGUCCAUCAUGGCCAUCAUCAAAGCCAUGGCCAACCUCAAGAUCGACUAUGAUGACACUGCUAGAGCGGAUGAUGCCCGCCAGUUGUUUGCCCUGUCAGCAGCGGCAGAGGAGCAGGGCAUCCUGCCAGAGGACCUGUCCAACGUCAUCCAACGACUGUGGGCUGACGGUGGUGUCCAGGGCUGCUUCGCACGGGCCCGCGAGUACCAACUCAACGACUCUGCAGCCUAUUACCUAAAUGACCUGGAGAGGAUAGCCAAGGCAGAUUACAUUCCCACACAGCAAGAUGUGCUGCGGACUCGAGUCAAGACCACUGGCAUUGUGGAAACACAUUUCACCUUCAAGGACCUGCACUUCAAGAUGUUUGAUGUGGGAGGCCAGCGGUCGGAAAGGAAGAAGUGGAUCCACUGCUUUGAGGGAGUCACAGCCAUUAUCUUCUGUGUAGCCAUGAGUGCUUACGACCUGGUCCUGGCUGAGGAUGAAGAGAUGAACCGGAUGCAUGAGAGCAUGAAGCUGUUUGACUCCAUCUGCAACAACAAGUGGUUCACAGAGACCUCCAUCAUCCUGUUCCUCAACAAGAAGGACCUGUUUGAGGAGAAGAUCGCUCACAGCCCUCUGACCAUCUGUUUCCCUGAGUACACUGGCCCCAACAAAUACGAGGAGGCACAGGCCUACAUCCAGACCAAAUUUGAGGACCUGAACAAGAAGAAGGACACCAAGGAGAUCUACACCCACUUCACCUGCGCCACCGACACCAAGAACGUGCAGUUUGUGUUCGAUGCCGUCACUGACGUCAUCAUCAAGAACAACCUGAAGGACUGCGGUCUCUUCUAAAACACAGCGUGAGGAAAAGUCAAGAUUACUUGAACAGUACUGAUGACCAGAGAGACGGGGGAAUAUACACAUCAUGAAUGACUGCACUGGCCAACCACGAUUUCUGCUUCGAUCUGCUUUUAAUAAAGACACCUAAGGGACUGAGAACUCAACGAGCCUUGCAGAAUUUCAAUGAUUGCUGAUCCAGUUGCUCGUAUUGUUAACUCUUUGGGCUAUGACCACAAAUCAACAUUUAUUAUUGUAUUUUCAUUGUUCUUUUUUCUUCUUUGUUUAUUUUCAAUUAGUAGAGAAGGCAAAGGAAAACUUUUUUAUAUAAAUGCAUUCAUUUUACCUUAGAAAUUCUGUUGUGCAAAUUAUUAAACUUUUAAUCACAUGAAGCUUGUUUUUUAAGAGAAAGAAGCACAGGCAUGGACAUAGAGAAUAUGAUUGAAAAAGGAAAGUGCUUUUUUAUAAUGUUUACAUAUGUUCAUCAUUCAUAGCCAAACCGCAUAUUGUCCUGCAUGACUCAAGAUGGCAAUUAUAUUAGCUCUGUAAUCUGCACAAAUUACCAUAACAUUCCUACAAAAUUAAAUAAAAAUGUCAAAAAGUUGAAAAGAAAAAAAAAAUUGCUUCACAACCAGGGGGAAAGUAUUGCAAAAAUUCUAACAGAUAUGUAAAGUAUGUGUGUACCUAACAGUCUAUUACUUUUUAUAGUAGCAGUUUCCAUGUCUGUUGCAGUAUGUCUGUGCCUUCACUUCAGUUUACAACAAUUCCUAGAUAUGCUUUCAGUACUGUUUGACCUACUGUGCGCCUAUAUUUUUCUUCCAUUUUCUGCCUCCCACCUAUGGAUAUAUAGUGAUUAUUAAUGAGAGACAAAAUCUAAUUGAGAAAAGGGUUAGUGUUUUUGGUAAAUAUUAAAAUGCUUUAAAGUCCUAUAUGAUUUAAUUUAAAUAAAAGUAGAGAUCACCUGAC